AUGCGGCCCGGCGGCGGCGUCCGCAGCUUCGCGCUGGAGCUGGCGCGCGGCGGCGCGUACCGCGGCGGGGAGCUGCUGCGCGGCCGGGUGCUGCUGGAGGCGGCGGCGCCGCUGCGCGUGCGGGCGCUCGAGGUGGCGGCGCGCGGCGGGGCGACCACGCACUGGCUCCAGGGCCGCAGCGUGGGCAUCAACGCGGUGUCCAGCGACUUCACGGCCGUCGAGACGUACCUGCGGCGGCGGCAGCUGCUGCUCCGAGAUACUGGAGAGACCACCACGCUGCCUGCCGGGCGCCACGAGUUCCCAUUCAGCUUCCAGCUGCCUCCGACGCUGGUGACCUCAUUCGAGGGCAAACACGGCAGCGUCCGUUACUGCAUCAAGGCCACCCUGCACCGGCCCUGGGUGCCCGCCCGCCGGGCCAGGAAGGUGUUUACUGUUAUCGAACCCGUGGACAUCAACACCCCCACCCUGCUGGCCCCUCAAGCCGGAGCCCGGGAGAAGGUCGCCCGGUCCUGGUACAGUAACCGCGGCCUCGUCUCCCUCUCGGCCAAGAUCGACCGCAAGGGCUACACCCCAGGGGAGGUGAUCCCCGUGUACGCCGAGAUCGACAACAGCUCCACGCGCCCCGUGCUGCCGCGGGCGGUCGUGGUCCAGACGCAGACCUUCAUGGCGCGCGGCGCCCGCAAGCAGAAGCACGCCGUGGUGGCCAGCCUCUCGGGCGAGCCCGUGGGCCCGGGGCGGCGGGCGCUGUGGCAGGGCCGGGCGCUCCGCAUCCCCCCGGUGGGCCCUUCCAUCCUGCACUGCCGGGUGCUGCACGUGGACUACGCCCUCAAGGUCUGCGUGGACAUCCCGGGCACCUCCAAGCUGCUCCUGGAGCUGCCGCUGGUCAUCGGCACGGUCCCCCUGCACCCUUUCGGCGGCCGCUCGUCCAGCGUGGGCAGCCAUGCCAGCUUCCUGCUGGACUGGGGACUGGGCGCCAUGCCAGAGCGGCCUGAGGCCCCGCCAGACUAUUCAGAGGUGGUGGCCGGUGACGCGGCAGCCGGGGGGCAGAGCCCCGUCCCUCUGCCUCAGGACGCCGACCUGAGCCUCGAGGGCCCCUUCUUCGCCUACAUUCAGGAGUUCCGCUACCGCCCGCCACCCCUGUACUCCGAGGAGGACCCGAACCCCCCCUCCGAAGCCAUGAGGCCACGCAGCAUGACCUGCUGA